CUCGUGUCGUUCAAUCAGCGGGCGCCUGGCAUCCGGUCCGAACUCCUGCUUCUUACUCUUUGCAACAUGCUCUAUACCCGAAGCAGUCUGACGAGGCCACGUAGUUCCUAUGGCAGAAGGGUUGAGGAACUGUUCAGCUCAACGAGAUGGGUGAUAAUGGACUAUGGCGAGUUGGAUAUGUUGCAAGCAUGACAAGGAACUCCGAACAAGAUUUACAGAACCUUUUACAUCCAACGGUCCUCGGAACGUUCGUACAAGAAUUGCAGCGACCUUGAAUAUAGCUAAUAUUGUAUCUUGGAGCUCUACACUCAUGCCGACUUCGGCUUGGCCCGUAGGUUAUGCCUCUGUUCAUCUAAGCAGAGAAUACCGCAAUGCUCUGUCUUCUUCGCCUCAGGUAUCCAACAAAUGCUCAAAUGAAGUAGCAGCAUUCGUUGCUCGAUACUAAGACGGUCGUUCUCAGGCUUCCCAAGCAGGUGAGUCGUGUCCUUCUCACAGUUUUCUCUUUAUGAUGUGGAAAGCAUGGAUUAUCUCCGCUGAAGUUUUUCCGCUACGAGAUUCUUUG